AGUUGGGCCCAAACAUGACCAGGAACUUUGAAAGAAAUCUCCAGGAUGAUACCAAGAGUAGAAAAAGGAUUCUCAAACCGGCCGUGGAAAAGAAGAGAAGAGAUCGAAUAAAUAACAGUCUUGCAGAACUGAGAAGCUUAUUGUUGACAAACACAGCAGACCCACGUCUGCAGAAUCCCAAGAUUGAAAAGGCGGAGAUUCUGGACUUGGCGGUGGAGUAUCUUCACAAGUGGACAGAAGGCAAGAAGCUGAGCAAUGAUGUCGGCAGUGGUGCGGUAAGUCCUCCUCUCAUCACCAUAGAGGGUGCAGGUUUUCAGCAGUGUGUGGCCCAAAUGGCCUCCUACAUGCACAAGAUCCCACCGGCACAGAGAGCCCACCUCAUGGAGGGGCUGAAGCAACACACGCAGAAGCAGCAGCAGCAGGCCUACAAUGCGCCAUCUUUAAACUGUAUUAUCAGACUCCCGGAUGCGGCGUCGGCAGAGGGCAUUUGCACAUCUGAGAGUAAAGACAACUCCCUGCUCUUCGUUCAUUCCCCGCCUCAGCCUCACGCUUGCUCCACGCCGCUCCACACGCCUCCCACUUCCCCCUGGUUCUCAACCUCCUCUCCUGCUUUCCCCUCCUUUGCCUGUCACUUCUCCUUCCCCCCCAGUCUGUCACCCCCGUCGGCCAACACCUCGUUUUCCUCGCUCCCGCACUCCCUCCACACGCUGGCUUCCUCCUCGCCCACGGCCUUCCACUACCCGCCUGUCACCUCGCUCAGGUCGCCUACUCACCCCAUGCAGAGGUCAUCUGCACUCAUGUGGAGACCCUGGUUUUGA